GCCUUCUGUGUGUGCACAUGUGUAGUACAUACCCGGGAUCAAAGCUGUCUAUAUAAAGUCCUUGAUUCUGUGUGGGUUCAAACAUAUUUCAAAGCUUCAGGAUCCCGAAAGGUUUCGCUCUGCUUCCUGAAGACCUCAACACUGUUCCCAUAAGGCCAUGGCUUGCCUUGGAUUCCAGAAGCACGAGGCUCGGCUGGACCUAGCUUGCAGGACCUGGUCCUGCAUGGCCUUGUUUUCUCUUCUUUUCAUUCCUGUCUUCACCAAAGCAAUGCAUGUGGCCCAGCCUGAAGUGGUGCUGGCCAGCAACCAGGGUGUCGCCAACUUCAUGUGUGAGUAUGAGUCUUCAGGCAAAGCCACUGAGGUCCGGGUGACAGUGCUGCGGCAGGCCAACAGCCAGGAGACUGAAGUCUGUGCUGCGACAUACAUGCUGGAGGAGGAGUUGACCUUCCUAGACGAUUCUACCUGCACUGGCACCUCCAGUGGCAACAAAGUGAACCUGACCAUCCAAGGGCUGAGGGCCAAGGACAUGGGACUCUACAUCUGCAAGGUGGAGCUCAUGUACCCGCCACCAUACUAUGUGGGUGUGGGCAAUGGAACCCAGAUUUAUGUCAUUGACCCAGAACCCUGCCCAGAUUAUGACUUCCUCCUCUGGAUCCUUGCAGCAGUUAGUUCGGGGUUGUUUUUUUACAGCUUUCUCCUCACAGCUGUUUCUUUGAGCAAAAUGCUAAAGAAAAGAAGCCUUCUUACAACAGGGGUCUAUGUCAAAAUGCCCCCAACAGAGCCAGAAUGUGAAAAGCAAUUUCAGCCUUAUUUUAUUCCCAUCAGUUGAGAGACCAUCAUGAAGAAGAAAGACCAUAUUCCAAUUUCUAAGAGCUGAGGCAAUUGUAACUUUUUUUUUUUUUUGCUAUCCGGCUAUUUUUAUUUGUUUGUAUAUUUUGGGGGGAAUUCAUCUCUCUUUUAUAUAAAGCUGGAUGCAGAACCCAAAUUAAGUGUACUACAAUUUAAAGCAAAGGAGCAGGAAAACAGAGGCAGAGGUUUCUGUCACGUCAGAUCCAUUUUUACUAAAAGCAUCACUCGGGAUCAAUAAGGGGACACAGCAUUAUGAUGUGGGGUCAAGGAAUUAAGUUGGGGGACAGUACAGUCCAAAGAAAGGGAAGGAGGCGAGUGCAAGAGAGGUCUAUAUUGUACACCCCUUGUGUUUAUGUGCGAGACGUUUUAUAGCUGAAAUGAUCUUUUUGAGUUAAAUUUUUAUGCUGUGUUUUUUUUUUUGGAAAAAAACCAAUGUACAAUUACACCAAGACUUUAAAAAUACUCACACUGCUAUGUUUUAGCUAGUGAUUACAAAAGUUGUAUUGUACCAAUAUGUAUUUUUUUUUAUUUGAUAGUAUUGUGCAUGGGGCCACGUGUGCUUUUGUGUAUUUGCUGAUGGUUUGAAUAUGAACACUAUAUGGCACUUCCCAGCGUUGUGUCCCAGGGAAGUUCUGUGGAGGAGCUCAGGACACUAAUAUGCCAGGUAGAAUACAGGGUCACAUGCUUGCUGGCUUGGAAACUGGAUAAGGUCGUGGCAGUACUCAGUUGUACCGAAUUGGUGUUGACAUGUGCUUUGGGCUUUUACACUGGCUCCUUUCAAUGGUUUGCAAGGGAGCUGAAGCUGGUGGGAUCUGAGUUAACUCUACAGAGCUGUUGUCAAGACAAUGGCUCACUCCAGACCUGUAGGCAUGGCCUUCUAGGAAGUUCAAGUUCAAUGGGCCCAAUUCCUUAUAAACACAUGGUUAAUGCCACAGACAGAGGAAAGCAGCAAGUGGCAGAACAGGGUGCAUGAAGGUUUCUGAAAACUAACACUUUUGGUGUUUUUAAACUCAGUAUUUUCCAUGAAAAUGCAACAACAUGUAUAAUGUUUUUAAUUAAAUAAAAUUCUGUAGUG